AUGGAUCUAGAGGAGACAUACAAGGAGGAAGAUAAUAUGGAGGGGACAGUUACUCGAGCUGCAGCUGCAAAGUUGGUGAAAAAGGCUUUUCUUGAAGCCCUGAAGAGCAAUGACUUUGAAACACUGGAAGAGCUCUUGAGCCAAAAGAAAAUAGACGUGGACACGGUGUUUGAAGUGGAAGAUGAAAACCUGAUUCUGGCAUCCUACAAACAAGGGUACUGGCUGCCUAGCUACAAACUGAAAAUAUCCUGGGCAACUGGGCUUCAUCUAGCUGUCAUGUAUGGACAUCUGGAGAGUCUUUUGGUCCUCCUCAAUCACAAAGCUACAAUCAACUGCCGGCCCAAUGGAAAAGCUGCAAUCCACAUAGCAUGUGAAAUGGCAAAUGUUGAGUGUCUCAAGAUCCUUUGCAACCAUGGAGCUAAGCUGAACUGCUUUUCAAUGAGUGGGCUGGCGCCCUUGCACUUCUGUACGACACGAACAUCCAUGCCUUGUGCCCAGCAGCUCAUUUUGAGAGGAGCAAACGUGAACAUAAAAACAAACAACCAAGAUGAGGAGACUCCUCUGCACAUCGUUGCACGUUUGGGUGUCCCAGAGCUCGUGGCCCUUUACAUGGAACAAGGAGCACAAAUUGAUGCUCUCAAUGCCUACAUGGAGACUCCCCUGGCCUGUGCCGCCUAUUGGGCCCUUCACUAUAAGGAUCAGAUAUACAGCCCGGAUCAUCACCUCAUCUGUCGGAUGCUCUUAGACUAUAAAGCUGAAGUGAAUACUCGUGAUGAGGAUUUCAAAUCACCUCUCCACAAAGCCGCCUGGAACUGUGAUCAUGUCCUGCUGCAUAUGCUGCUGGAGGCAGGAGCAGAAGCAAACAUCAUGGAUGUCAAUGGCUGUGCACCCCUACAGUAUAUCAUAAAAGUGACAUCUGUGCGGCCAGCUGCCCAACCUGACAUCUGCUACCAGCUGCUACUGAACCACGGAGCAGCUAGGAUAUAUCCUCUGCAAUUCCACAAGGUGCUACAAGCCUGUCAUUCCCACCCCAGAGCUGUGGAGGUUGUUGUCAAUACUUAUGAACAUAUCAAAUCAACAUCAAAGUGGAAAGCAGCCAUACCUGACGACGUCUUUGAGCGGCACAAGAAUUUCUAUGACUCUCUGUUCACUGUGUGCAGCAAUUCACCACGGUCGCUCAUGCAUUUAUGCAGAUGUGCGAUUAGGGCAAUACUGUCAGAAAGGUGCCACCGAAGCGUUCCCUUGCUCUCCAUCCCCCUGUCCAUGAAGAAGUACUUGCUGCUGGAACCAGAAGGAAUCAUCUACUGA